UUCAUUAUUUGAAGAUUAUGUCAUAGCUUUCCAUUGGACACCGGGCGUGCGGUUUGCAAAACGCACACCCCCUGUCUUUCUGAUAAAACUGUUUAAAGCUUAAUUUUUCUCUUCAAGCCAAAGUUGGAAAAGAUGGCUAUACAGUCACCAGGAGCCAAGUUGGCACUAAGUCAUAUCCAUGAUUGGUUGAUUUUACUAAUUCUUGCUGUUAUGGAUGGAGUUUUGAAUAAGAUAGAACCUUUUCAUCGUUAUGUUGGGAAAGACAUGAUGCAAGAUUCUAUGUAUCCAUUUAAAAAAGACACUAUACCUAUGUGGGGUGUCCCGAUCUACUCCAUUUUCAUCCCUAUUCUCAUCUUUAUUGCUUUUUACUUUAUCCGAAGGGAUAUCUAUGAUUUACACCAUGCAACAUUGGGUAUCUUGUUUGCUAGCUUAAUAACUGCAGUUAUCACUGAUUGCAUUAAAGAUGCUGUUGGCAGACCAAGACCAAACUUUUUCCAGAGGUGUUUCCCUGACAAAAUACCGGUGUUUGAUAAAGAAACUGGUGAUGUUCUUUGUACUGGGAUUAAGUCAGUUAUAAGGGAAGGAUACAAAAGUUUUCCUAGUGGCCAUACAUCAUUGUCAUUUGCUGGUCUUGGAUUCCUUUCAUGGUAUUUAUCAGGGAAAGUAAGAGUGUUUGAUCGUAGGGGCCACAUUGGUAAACUUUGUAUAGUCUUACUUCCUUUACUUAUUGCUUCCCUUGUUGGAGUUACUCGAGUAGAUGAUUAUUGGCAUCAUUGGACUGAUGUCUUUACUGGAGGUCUUAUAGGACUUACUGUGUCUACAAUCUGCUAUUUGCUACUCUUUCCGAUAUUAUUGUAA